AUGCCGGCCGCAGAGCCCGACGAGACGCUGGAAGCUCAAAAAGCACGUCUCGAGGAGCAAAUCAGAGCGAAAGAGCGCCAGCUGCAGACGUUGAAAGCAAACCUGCUCAAUCUCGACCAAGGAAUCCGCAACGGAAGCCAUGCUGCCGACGAGUACAAACGAUAUGGACGGCAGCUCAUUAUGCCCACGAUGGGCUUGCAAGGCCAGUUGCGCUUGAAGCAAGCCAAGGUCCUCGUUGUCGGCGUCGGCGGACUAGGUUGUCCUGCAGCCACGUAUCUGGCUGGCGCUGGUGUUGGCACCCUAGGCCUGAUGGACGGCGAUGUCGUCGAGCUGUCCAACUUGCACAGGCAAAUCGCCCACUCGACGGACAGAGUGGGUAUGAGCAAGGCUGAUAGCGCUUAUAAAUCUCUUCGAGCGUUGCUUUCUUACCAAUGCCUCUCUAGACUCAAUCCACUAGUUGAAUACAACCUCCACAAAUUCCACGUCUCGCCCGAGAACGCCCUUGCCAUUUUCAACAGCUACGAUUUGAUACUAGAUUGCACAGACCAUCCGACUUCCCGCUAUCUGAUCUCGGACGCCUGCGUUCUGACCGGGAAGACUCUUGUAUCGGCCUCUGCGUUAAAAACAGAGGGACAACUGAUCGUGCUCAAUGACCCUCCACGCCCCCCAGGAGAUUUAUCAGGUGGUCCCUGCUACCGCUGCAUCUUCCCCAAGCCGCCUCCUGCCGAGAGUGUCCUGAGCUGUGGCGAAGGCGGCAUUCUUGGUCCAGUCGUCGGCACCAUGGGCGUUCUUCAAGCUCUAGAAGCCAUCAAAUUACUCUCGCGUCCACGGGCGGAAGCAACCCCUGAAAGCAUGGGCAACGGCACUUCGGAUGAACCACCAAAGGCAUCGAUGCUCAUGUUCUCCGCAUACAACAAUCCACAAUUCAGGACCGCACGUCUCCGAUCAAGGAGAAGCAACUGCGCCGUCUGCUCAUCGACGCCAAGUAUCACAAAAGCCAGUCUCGACAGCGGCUCAUUAGAUUACGUUGCUUUCUGCGGCGUCGCCAUUCCCGUCAACAUCCUUCCUCACUCUCUUCGACUUUCACCCACCGAAUUCGCCAUUCUACCAAAUGCCGCCCGUGGCACCCUCAUAGAUGUUCGAGACGAGACGCAGUUCGCUAUCUGCGCGGUCCCGGAGUCUGUUAAUGUGCCCUGGACGGGCAACGCGGCAAGCUGGCUCGCUCACGCUGAGGAAGCUGGAGUGCUAGAUGAUGAAGACUCGGCAUGCAAGUAUAUCGUCUGUCGCUUUGGCAACGAUAGCCAACUAGCAGCCAAAGCCAUCAUCGACCGCUCCGGCGGCACAACGGAGAAAGUGAAAGACAUCAAAGGCGGCUUCCAGUCAUGGCGGGAAGAAGUCGACCCUCAAUGGCCCGACUAUUGAAAUGAAAAGAAACAGCAGCAGUACAAUCCAUCAAUCAAGCAGAAGCCUCCGCCUCCGCCUGUCUACUCGCCACACUCCCACCCUUCCAGUUCUUCUUCGGAUCCUCCUUCUCCUUCGUCUCGCUGUCUUUGCCCACAGGACCCCAGCCUCCGCCUCCGGGCGUCAUGACAAU